CUGACUACCAGAAGUUUGGAGCUGCACCCUAUUUUCAGAGACAAAACUACCAUUCAUCACUCAGAUAUGUUGACAGCACCAGACUCCCAGGGAACGACAGGAGAAAGGAGCCACAAUCAAAUAAAUCAAGACCCAUUCAACACUGAAUUUACCAAGACACUGACAAAAAGCAGCCCACACUUUGGGGCCUUGAGUCACCACUCAUUCUUCUCCCGGCACAACCCUCAUCCACACCAGGUGACACAUAUUCAAGGACUCAAUGGCAGGGCAAUUUGCAUGGUACGAGAUGACUGGUGUGUCACCUCAUCAUUAUUUCCUCAUCCACUUCUCAAGAGCCACGUCCUCAGGAAAUCACCCGGGCCCGCUUUUACCUUCCCACUCACUCAAAACCUCCAUGCAGUCAGCGGAAACAAUAACAAAUCAGCACUGUUUUCAGAAGCCUGGAGGGAUGAACUUAAAGAACUUGUUGCAAAAGUCAAUCUGUCUUUUCGAGCACAAUUGGGAAAAAAUGAGGACCAACCUGAGGAUGAAUUUGUGCACCAAAAGACUCAGUAUUCAGCUGAUACUGGGAGAAUCAUCCCUCCAUCCAGCAAGUCUUACCUGCACAGAUCUCAUUCCCAGCACCUAAAGUAUCCUCAACCCUUCCAGGAUCAAGAACUCACGGUUUUGGAGCUGCUCUGUCAGAUCCUGCAGACAGACUCGCUGUCCACAGUGCAGCAGUGGCUUCUGCUUGCAGGCCAAAGAGAGAAGGACCUUGUGAUGGGGAUGCUCAGACGAGCUCUGGACGGCAUCGACCUCUCAGGCCGUCGUAACCAGCGAACCUUCCAGCAGCUCCAGGCUUUUAAUCCAGGUGCAUUCUCCACCAGCGUACAGUCCAUCAUUUGACCAGCCGUGGAGAAAACCCUGGAGAACGAGCUCAUACAAAGCGAAUCCGAUUUCGGGCGAUGACAAACCAGAGAGGAUUGGAGAUGCAGAGGUCCUUGAAAUCCAUGCAGGACCUCAGGAUCAUCCUCAGGAUCCUGCACUUCAGAGUGCAUAAAGUCGUUUUGACUGUGCUGAUAACUGCAGUAUGAUAAUUUUGUUUAUUGCUCCCAUGAUCACAGGUUAUUCUUAGCAUGUUUGCAUUAUACCUCGAUAUUUCUGUGUGCACAUGCUGCUUUCAUCAGAGGACUUCACCAGAUUGCUUUUCAUUUGCACUUCAUUAACACCAUAUAUUGUAGCUGUAAUAGUGUUGCCCCAUGCUGCGGAUGAUGUCAUAUUAUCUAUCAGCUGUCUGACGUAGUCUGGCACCAUAUUAGGCAGCGUUGUAUGAAUUGUUGCUUGAUGUGAAUUAAAAUUUCAAAUUGGAUUUUUAAAAAUGAUUUUGUGCACCUAAACAUGAUCUAAUCGAACUAAAAAUACCAAAAUCAAAGUAGAAAUGCAUAUUGCAUUAUAACAUUGUUGACUUUGUUUCCAGACAGAAAGGUAUAAGUUGCAAUGCAUUUAGCAACACAGUGUCACUUAGGAUGCUAAAUGGUGCACCUGGAAUAGCAAACCUACCUUGCUAAAUGCACAUAAAUCUGCAGCAGGACAGAUGAUCUUAUUUCCUUUGAAAAAUAUGAAGUCCAAAAAUAUAAUUAACAUGAUUUUAAGUAGAGACUUCUCUUGAGAAAUGUGAACUUGAAUUCAUGCAUAAAGCAUGGCACACAUUAGCAUAAUUCUGUAUGAUGGAGGAACCUUUUUCCUUUCCUUACUCUGUGUCCCUUCUGUUGUGGAUAAAAUGCUGAAUGUCUUCAGUAAUGCCUGUACAGUACAGGAGCACAGCUGUGAACAGAAGUUUACAUACACUCUGAAAGACAAUGUAGAUCAUGACAGCCUUGAGUUUCCCAUGACUCCUACAACUCUUAAUUUUCUAGAAUGGAAUGACUGAAACACACGCAUCACAAAAAGCAAUCGGGCAUUUUGGGGUUUUCACUGAUAUGGCUAAGUCUGCUGAGUCAAAAAUAUACAUACAGCAAUUCUAAUUUUGGAUUCAGUGUUCCUUUGGCCAUUUUGUUUUUACCUCACUUUGUUAUACUUGCAAACAACUGAUUGCACAGUUGAUUUUGUAAUCUGAAACAUCUUUGAAAUGGCUCCAAGUGACUUUCCUCACUUGUUGAAGUCAAGAUUUGUUGUUUCAUAUCUGUACUCUGCUCCUUCGACUUUGAGUCUAUCAAAUGGGUUGUAAUUAAGUUGACUCGGGGAAGCAGCUGUAGUCAGUCAUAAUCACUCAUGAAAAUUUAAGAGGCCAUGGCACUUUCAGUUGAUUCCCACAGCUUUCUACAUCACUAGAACUGAUAAUUCAAGUAGCUGUAUGUAUAUUUUUGACCCAGCAGAUUUUGUCAUCGUUCCAGAAGACCUAUAAUAUAUCUUUGAAUGAACCAAAAUGUAUGAUUGUUACUUGUGACAAAGAUGCAUGUGUUUCAAGGUCUUUACAAGUGUAUGUAAACUUUUGUUCACGAUUAUUUAUGACACUGCAGAUCAGGUUACAUUCAGCCAGAUAUUAUCAAGAUUAGACCUCUUCAUGUAGCUGACUCAGAUUUCCCAGUCAGCACAUGAAUGGUCUAAUUACACAAUUCUACAGAACUGUACCAUCACCCCAAACUGUCAAAAUAUAAAACACACUGACAGAAGUAUACGUAGUAAAUAAUUACCUUGUGAUAGCAUGGAAAAUCAGGUUUAAGAUGAUGACAGUCAGUUGCAUAUGAGAGCAAAUAAGUGGAGAGACGUAACCGCAACAAAGGAUGUAAAGUAAACCUAAGAGUCAGUUUCUUCUUCAUAUACACAGAUUAUGAUGAGUACUGUAGUUUCUACAGUGGGAGAUCAGGUAGUCAGAUACUUGAGUAAAUGCAGCAAUACUGCAAUGAAAAAAAAACAUCAUUACAAGUGAAGGUCUUGCAUUCAGCAUUCAUCAAUAUCAACAAAAUGCGCUUGAAGUAUCAAAAGUAUAGGCAUCUAUUAGGUGGAUAUCCAGUUUAUUUAAGUGGACUAUUUGCUGACACGUUAAGGUUAAAGCAUAUUUUUACUUUUGCAGACCUGUUAUGCCACCAGCGGCUAUGCAGUUAACCCUGCUGUGGUCAUCUUGUACCACCACUUGUAGCUUGCUGCUUUCAGCUGCUAAUGGAAAGUUAAACACAGCAAGGCUGCGCUUGGUAACUGGCUUGUUGAAUAUAGUCUUUUUUGUAUUAUGUUGGGUUCACUGCAGAAAACAUCUCAGCAACAGAAAGAUUAAAUAGACAAAGAAUGUCAAAGUAACCAGCUUCAGUGUCACACAGCUGCUUUGUGAUGCAACUGGGCUCCGCCUGAGAAGGACAAUGAAAUCAGGUCAAAAGGCUGAUAAUAUUUUAACUCAACUGGGAGGCAUGCUUGGAAUAUGAAUUAGUCACCCUCUUUGUGAACUGUGUGUGCUGUUCAGGGCUAAUCAGGUUGAAAUAAUUCCAUUUAUGUUAAUUCAUUCACUUUGCAAAAUAUAUUUUAAUGUAAAUUGGCCAGAUACAGGUCCAUUUUUCUCACCAUACUGGUAUCUCUGUAUUCACUGUGCUGAACUUUGAUAAUACAGAAAUUGAAGGACAGAU